AUGGACUCCUUCAUCUUAGAUGUUCUGAGAGGUUGGCGUUUGCUUGUUGCUGCAUCCCUAUCACCGGAAGAGUGGCGUGACGUUUUGGCCACCACAGGGAAUAAGCUGGAUUACCUUAGUGUUUCAUCGGCUUUACAAACCUUGUGGGACGAACAAUUGGGUGGCAAUGGCAAGUGGCAUUCAAAUGUGAGUUCAGCAUCCCUAUCCUCUUUUUGGCAUGAGGGUUCCUGGCCUUACGAUGCAUGGAGUGACAAUCAAGCAAUGUGGCAUGAUUGGAAUGAAUCAGAGGAUUGGCCUUCCGAAGCUUGGGAGGCUGCUGCAGCAACUGGAGAGCAACCUGGUCCCUCUGACGAGAGGGUGGAUGAUGUGACCGAUCCUACACUGAUUGAGGCCUUGGAGGCCGAGAAACAGGCUGAGUCAUUGGCCCUUGAAGCACGUCGCACUUGGUCGCAGGCCCAACAGGCCACACAGCAGUUGCGACGUGACCGCGGCUUUGGAAAAUCUGGUAGUGGUUCAUCAUCCUCAAAUCCAAUUCGUUGUUAUCUUUGCGGUGGUCCCCAUCUUCAAAAAGAUUGUCCUGACAAACAUCACCCAUCUUUUCGUAAGGGCUAUGGUAAGAGUUUGUCUCAAGCUGAACUCGAUGCAUACUUAGCUGGAAAAUCCAAAGGAAAGGGUUUCAAGGGCAAGUUCAAAGAUGGCAUGUUUGCAUGGCAUGAUGAUGGUUCAUGGUAUUCUGACUCAUUCAUGAUCAACAAGGGCAAGGGAAAGAACCCCAAAGGCAAAUACUUCAAACCAUCAGCGAAUGUUUAUGGCAUGGAUUUCUACGCCUUGGAGAUGAUGGAUGUUGAAGAUUCACCACAAACCUUUCAUGUUUUUCCCCUGGAACUGUUUUCAACUGAUGAGUCCAACAACAAGAGAUCAACACCACCGGGGUAUGGCAUGUUGGAUUGUGGGGCGACAGCAUCUGCGGGUCCGGAAGCAUCAGCAAAACGUUUGAUUUCCAAACUUCGACUAUUUGAUCCCGAUUUGAAAGUUUGCUUCAACUACAACAAACGUCCUUAUUUCAGGUAUGGUUCUGGGAAAUGGGGUCAAGCGCUUUACCAUGCAGUUAUUCAUUCCAGUUGGGAUUCAUCACGAUGUUUUGAGCUCUAUGUUUUGGAGAACCCCAUGGAGUACAACAGCGAAUGGUUUUCUGAUGACAUGUUGGUACCUAUUUUGGUUGGCAUGGAUCACCUCAAGAAGACUGGUUUGAUUCUGGAUUUUUCCGAUGGUCAUGCAGUCAACGGCAAUGAUAACCCAGCGGUCCCCUAUGUCAUGGAAAGAAACCUCAAGGGCCACUAUAUGGUGAACAUUGCCUACUACCUCUUCGGCUCUCUCUCUGACUCCGAGGUUGGUGGCAACGAACCCUUUGCAGCUCAACUUCUGGAGCAGGACUGCCACUUAGUGAUGUUGAAGGUGAUUUACAUGUCAGUGAAAUUCCAUCAGCUAGUCGUCAAGCUCUCUUCGAUUCUUUUGUGCAACGACGCUGUCAAUCGAACAAGAAUCCCAAACAUGCAGCCGGUGAUUUUCAAGUUUCCAAAGUAUCUCCUGGUGACGCGGCUUCACAUGUCACGCAAGCCUCCAGCACCUUUGGACCACUCCCGCGAGAUUGUCGUGGACCCGAGGGACAUCAGGUCUCAGACCACGUCAUGGCCUUGUUUCGGCAAGCACGUGUCCUCCAAUCCAAAAUCCAACGGCUAUGGCCAGUGGCGAACGUGCGAGAUUUGUGGUGUCCGUCUGAGCUACGUGCCACGGGAGGGAUACCAGGGCAAGUCAGCAGCUCAAGCUUGCCACAAGACGGUGGAGCUGGCGAUGAAGCAGCUUCGCCAGGACUUGGAGCCAUGUGGAAGGUUUCCCACCAUGGACUUGGUCGAGACGAUGAUCCAGAUCAUCACCGACGAGAGCAAGAUCGUGGCCACGGAGUCAACGCUCAAGCGUCUGAAGAGCCACGUGGACACCUUGAAGCAAACCUAUGCAGAUCAGAUGAAGUCGGACACUCAAGCGCCAAAGGGAUCCUCAACGAGCCCAACAGAUGUCUGGCGUUUUCUGAGCGAGCAGGAGAAGUCCAAGCUGAUGGAGAUUGCGAUGGAGCGCCACAAGGAGGAGGAGCUGAUGAAAUCAGACCCCGAACUGGAGUUGGUUCCAGCAUCGGCGGGGAACAAGACGGCCACUUUGGCUUUUCUCGGCAUGAUGACUUUGGCGGCUCGGACUGGUCUUCGAGACUUUCUUCAAGGUGGCUUCAUGCAAAAAGCCUGGUCCAUUGGCACAACAUCAUCUCACUUCUACCACCUCUACAGGUCAAAGACAUGCCCUGGCUGUCAUGAACACGAUCGCAUUCAGGGCUUGGAGACGCAGAAGAGCGCCUACUACCCCUGGAAACUUUGCAAGUCAAUUGCUCAGACUUGGCGUCAAGAGCUCUACCCUGACAAAUGGCUCACCUACUUGCAAGCUCCACUCCCCUCUUUUGUUGAACCUGAAGAGCAAUUGCAAGCACUUGGACUGAUGGAUGGGGCCCUGGAUUUUUGCCCGGCAAUGGACUUAUGCCCAGGGUUGGACUUUUACCCUGCAGAAUCAUCCUCGUCCAGUGAGCCAUCAGGAAAAGAACUGAGCCUUUGGCGUGUCCACCUCAUGAAGUACCAUCGAGCUGCUGGUCAUCCCAGCAACUACAACUUGUCUCGUAUUCUUCGAGAUGCUGGCCGAGCACCUUGGCAAGUUCGUGCUGCGAUGGAUCUACAAUGUGAUGAAUGUGCAGCUCUGAAGUUGGGAGGGUCAUCCAGUGGCAAGGUGCCACCUGCUUCCAUGAGACCAAUGCCAAGAGCCUGGGAAUGCGUGGGGAUGGACUGCACCGAAUGGACUCCUUUGCAAUCUCAGGUGAAGUACUACGUUUUGGUCAUCAUGGACCUUGCCACCAAGUUCAAGGUCACUCGCAUUCUCAUGCAAUGUGGCCUCAAUGAACAAAAGACUGAAACCACUGACCAGAUCUUGGAUGCCUUCUCACAACUUUGGCUUCAGGACAAACCCAAGCCGAUGUUUUUGAUUCCUGACAAUGCCAUGUCUAUGACUUCACGAAAGAUGCGAGAGGCCUUGUCAGAUUUCAACAUCACUUUGGAUCCACCAGCACCAAAAGAAUCUUGGGCACAUGGACUUUUAGAACGUGCCAACCAAGAGAUCAAGGAGGUAGCCUCUAAGGUCAAGCUCAACAACCCAGAUCUUCAACCUUCGACUUGCCUUGCCUUAGCAACUCAUGCUUUGAACUCCACGGCGUAUGUCCAGGGCUAUACACCUUUCCAGUGGGUCUAUGGUUCUCAGCCAACUUUGACUGAUGAGGACAUCGUCAGCCUGAGCUAUGCUCCAAGCGAUCCACCUGGUUUGGACUAUGCCGCGCUUCUCAAGAAGCGCAGAGAAGCUGAAGAAGUGGCCAGAAAGGAGCGUUUGGACUUUGAGCUCCACUCAGGUGAAAACCCAGCGGCAUGGAAGAGCCUGGCAAGUUUUAUACCACAAAGAUCUUUUGUCGAUGUUGUUCCUGAAGAACCCCAAGAAGAAGAUGAAGAUCUUCCUCAACUUCCUGAUGAGCCCAAUCAAUUGCCAAGACUCUCCAAGCCUGCCUAUCGACACACCUUCAAGCAUGCGCCCAAGAAGGUGACCUUUGCUGAGCCUUCACAACCUCCUGAACCUGUGAAUGCAUAUGAUCCUUCUUUUGCUGCGAACCCUGAUGAGGACGAUGAAGCCAUCGGCAAUGCUGGCAUUGGCAGUGGUAUCCCAACCUUGGAAGCAAGAUCUGGUUCAUCCAAGGCCAAACUUUUGGACUCCACUGAUGGCCAAAUCUCUGAACCUGAGACAAAGCGUCCACGUACGGAUGAUGACGAUGCUCUACUUCUCUCCUAUCUGGAGCAGGUUGACGAGCUCUACGUCCUUGAAUUUGACAUGGUCUUAGAGAAUGACCGCCAGAAGCGCAAGUUGGUGUACAACCCAAGUUUGUUUUUGGCUCAGAAGAUGCGAGAUUGCGAAGUGCGACUGGAGAAGCUUUCACCAGCCCACAGGGAACUCUUUCGCAGAGCCAAACUGAAAGAGGUACAGUUGUUGAGUUUUCUCAUGUUGCUGCUUGGCCCAAUCUCAUAG